AUGGUCACUGAGAUGGUUGAAUCUUUGCACAGGUAUGGAUACAUCCCGCUGGAUUUGAAUACGUGGGUGGUCACCAAAGAAGAAGCUCGUCAGCGCGCCGCAGGAAUGCCGACAUGUGACUGCUCUAACUGUGAGCCCGAGGAAGCUGAGGCGCUAUGGUUAGCACAAGCAGCCCUCACAAAUGACAACUUUGAUACCGCACUCAAAAUGGACGAAACCGAACUCCUGGAACUGAGGGCAAGCCUUCCCAAGGCACCACCACCCGCAAUUGCUGAAACACGACCAAUGGCUAUCUUGUGUGGAGAUGACGAUCCCAUCCUAGGAUGUAGUCUUUUGGAAACCCUAGUGACUCGUUUGGAGCAGGCCUUCAAUGAAUUUUUUAUGAGUCAGUUCACAGGGGAAUCUGACCUAGCCCCUGCGGAUUACUUUGGCCGGGAUAUGGCGUGGGAUUUGGCCAAGAAUGUGGACAUAUUUUUGCAACCUUCAGACCUAGCAAUGGUCUUGGGGGGGGAGGCAAUUCCAGGCCAAUUCCAUUGCUUGUUUGACACCUUCUCGCAGUGGCAGACUGAUUUAACAACGGCACCUAUCCUUGCUGAAGCCAUCUCGCGACGUCAGGCAGCUAACCGCGUGCACGGUCCUGCGAAAAUUCCCCAAUCAGUCGAAGGGGCACAACUCGCAAAGUCUCGAUCUGAAGCUGAACAAACAGCUUUCAAAGAAGCCCAAAUAUUGGAACGGCAGCAGAAACAACAGACCAAACUGGCUGAGAAGGAAGCAGCUCAAGAAAAACGGGCAGCGGAGAGACGUGUAGCAGAAGCUCACAAACGUGCUAAUCAAGAGGCCGCAAGUGCUGAACGAGCUCGCAUCAAACAAGCUCGACAAAUGGAACGCGACCAGCAAAAUCAGAUUAAAAUAGCAGCAAAGAAAGCAGUGCAAGCUAAACGCGCCGAAGAGAAACUCGCUGUGGAAACUCAAAAACGCACCAAACAACAAGCUGCAAGUGUCAAACAAGCUCGCAAGCGCAAAAUGAAUGAAGACGUCCCACCUUCAAGGAAAGGUAAAAAAAAUUCCGAGCACGCGAAUCUACCAACAGGAUCUCAAUCAAGCGACCUCCCUGGGGAAGGGUCCAAACAAGUGGGUGAAGAGCUAGUAGGCUCGGAUCAAUCAAAUAUAUUGAAUUCUUCUGAGUUCUCACUCUCGCCUGACGAUGACAGAACAUCAGCAGCUCCCCAGCGGAACCGUGACGAUCGACCCGCGGCUUUAUCAGCCCGAAUCAAUUUAAUCAAGUUACGCAUCCCAGUGGUCCAGACGUUUGUCACCAUGGGUGAAGGUCGUAUAGCACGAGUUUCGCCUAGAUGUUCUUUUGCAUAG